AUGGCCAAAUCAGCCAGAGCCUCCGACACGAAAAAGAAUCACCGGAUCUUGCGCAAGAAAAUAUUUGGUCCCGCCCAUGAUGCUCGAACGGCAAGACUUUCUGCGAAAUUGCAAGAGCUGGCAGCGAAGCCUCGUGUGACCGAAGACAAGACUAUGGAAGUCGACAGCACACCUCGAGAAGAAGGAGGUGAACAGUCUACCAAUGGUGGUUCCGAAGAGAUGGAGCUCGAUGGUGAGGGUGUCAGCAUGAAGCCUAGCAAAUCUCGUUCGGACAAGGCCCGGUCUAUUAGUCGCAAAGCGCACAAGGUGUCCAAGAGGAAGCCUAGGAACUCCAUGGUCUUCGCUUCCGAACGUGCGAGGAAGGCAAAGAUGGCGACCAAGAAGAGCAAACGAUGA